AUGCUCCUUAAGGCUAAAGCACGACAAAGUCUUACCCUGUUUUACAGGAAUUUGACGCUCAUCGUUUUCACCCAUUUUAACUGGAGACGUCGUUCGCCCACCAGAAGACCAAUUCAAUGCUGCCUCAUAUCGACACACUGCAUAAUUCUUCCCCACAAUGACAAAUUCCCUGGGUUGGACAAUCGACUCCUUCUUUCUGGAUUGACGUUGCAUCGAAAACUUCACCCACUCCUCCCCGUCUGCAUUCAACGCCUCAAAGGCAAAGAAAUUAAUACAUUGCUGGCAAGGGCAUGUAGCUGCCAACUGUUGUUGCAUCGUUGCUUGAUUCGUCCACUCUUGCCAGCAGGUGCGGAUGUGGAGAGGAGAGGACACUUAAACCAAUUCGAUGGACGACCUAUUCUCUCCUCUAUGAGAGCAUUUAACUGAUGGACUAAUUCGCUAACCAAGAGGUCAAUGCUCUGCAAUGAAGCUAGCAGCAUUUUUCGUUCAAUCACGGGAGGCAACUGAGCAGACGUAUUAACACAUAGCCAAGGAAGAAGGGUGUGGGAGAAAAAGCCAGGCAUGCGAAUAGAAUCCGCAUGUACGAAGUAAGUAGAGGAUGAGGAGUCAGCCUUUGUUAUCGGUUCAUAGGACACGUCAGAAGAGCGACUCUUGAAUACUGGGACUUCAAUUGAACAAGCCGGGAGGCCGAGCACAAAGUACUCCAUAAUAAGGUCGUAAAGGGCAUUUUGCACUGCCGCGUAAAGUUUCUCAAUGAGGAGCUUUAAAUCAACAUCACCACGUUCCCAGAGCCGCAGGCGCAUAGCUAGACGAUCUGGAGAUGAUGAUACGGUGUCGUAAGAAAGCUGAAUAUCCGUCAGACAUUCCAUCAACUCGGAUACACUAGCAAUCCCUACUGCGUUUUCGCCAUUUUCCCGACGACGUAGCCACUCUUGGAGGCUGAGACACGAAGUGAUACAGAAGGGGUCCAAAGUGUUUGCCUGAAGGAGAUCAAUCACAGCUGUCACUAGACCAAAUUUAGCUGCGCCAGCACCUCUUCGAUGGUGGUAAAGCAUCACCUCGACACGGCCGAAACGUUUUCGAAGACAAGGGAGAACUUCUCUCUCAGGUUUUGCAGCAGUCAUGAAGGUUAGAAGAUUCUGUUUUAGGUACUGACAGAAGGGGAAGAUCAAUGUUCCUCUAGGAACAUGUGGAACCUUCGAAGAAUCCGUAAGAAAUCGCGGAAGCUUAAAAAACAACUGAUGUCGAGGUUGAUGUCCCCGGCGAGUGAAAAGGAAGUUAAAAUCAUGAGACGCGAAGCGGAAGAGAACAGUCCGAGAUAAGACCUGCUGAAGACAUUCAAGGACAAUUUUAUCCAAGAGCGAUUGAAGGAGGGUUCUAACAAAGUUGCAAAAAUGUCGACUGGGUGAAGAUAUUCCAUGCAGCGUGGCUUGCAAUUGGAUUCGGUUUAGACUGCUAGAACAAGUGCUUAGAAAGAGUGGAAGACUUUCUCGUCGGGGUUGAUUAGCAGGAGAGAUUCUACGAGAAGUCUCAAGGGCAGGACUCGAUUCGAGGGGCACCUCACGUAGAAGCAUGUAGAAGAUGCGUGGAAGCAAGCUUCUGCGACUAAUGGGGUUCAUGGCGUCUAAAGCAGGCUCCGAGUCAUCAAAAACAAACAUAUUUUUCCGGUUCAUCACUGCAAAGUUCUCUAAUAAGCGCCGAAGUUCUGGAAGUACCUGAUUUCCACGUUCUCCAGCGAUGACCGCACGAGGAGACACUUCCAUACUGAAAACGAAUUUGGGAGAGCAUGCCAACGAUCCAGGUGGAUAGGGAUCUGCUAGUGCGGAGGCUGUUUCAUUAGGAAGAGAUUUUUUUCGAAGGGCGCCUUCGACUACCGGUCGGAUCUCAGUGUUAUCGGAAUCUGUUGCUGAGGAAGCGACAUUGCGACUAUGGGCAUGAGACGUUGCCAGAGGCUUCCGUUUGAAAGAUGCAGACGUUUGCAGAUGGCGCGGUGGUCGUUGCAGUGGCUCCAGAGGCUCGGGAAGGAGAGCAGGAUCACAAAGACGAUCGAGAACAAGUUGAUCGAGAAGAAGAGACUGACUAACCAACCGUAAAAUUGAUCGAACGUCAUCCAGAGCGCGACGGAAAACCACGCAAUGCGGGCAAGCGUCUUCGACAACCGAGGGUUCAUGGUGGGUAUCGGAAUGAUGAAAGAAGGCUUGGAUGGACGCGCUGCCAACACGGAAGAUAAGCCAAAAGGCAGGGAGGCUGGGGCCGCUUAUUUGGUGGAUGAGUUCGAGGGAAUCUUGAGGAGGAAAUUGAGAUGGCAGAGGGAAGCGAAUGUCAUUUUCAGCGUCAGUGGUAGAAGUAGGAAAGGUUGGUUGGUGCUCCAACGAAGCAAAUGAUGAGACAUGGGUCUUUGAAGUGAGAGACUCAAACUCUGCGCUGUCAUCACUUGCCUCAACCUUGAGAUCUAAUGACAAAAGCGAUAAAAGGGAAAGCAUUGAUAAACUUAGGUUUACUUGGAUUAACAAAACGAAAUCUUAG